UCGUGUGGUUCAAAGUGUGUCUGAUGAACAGCAGUACAAACCCAUCGAUAUACACACAUAUGUUAUUCUACUCCCUGAAGGUUUUAUACUAUGGACGUUUGUCAUGCUAUAAUGCUCCACUGGUCCCGAGCAAUGAUUAAGGCUGCUAGAGUCACAUACCAGGUGUGAUACUUAGGUGAUAUGUGGCGACUAAAGGCACUACCCCUGGCUUUGACCAUGCUUUGACGGACCGCCCAGAUUCAGCCUGUCAUCCGAUGGUGGUAGGGUUAGACUUUCAGCUGGGUUGACAGCCCGUGCAGUCGACUGGUACCGCGUGUGAACUAGCGCUCGGGGUGUGAAACUUUUAAUGUCUGUUUAUGGUCCACUACACACGGAUAGAGGGCCGAUUAAGAAAGGGUGGAAAUAGGAAAGAAAAUAAUAUAAAUCAUAUCUUUAACACAGCACCGACUACUAUACAAAGGUUUGUUAUAGAACUCGCACAUGUGACGCCUUCGGUUAUACCUGGAACCGACACGGGAUUUUCACCACGCACGUCAUGGUUACGCUCUGUGGGUCCGACGCAGCAAGGGACUGUGAAACUCCAGCGCACACAGGGCGUACGACUCGCAACGGCUGGCUCGGUUUUUUAUAUGAAAAAUGCCAAAACCGCGACACACCGACUCCGAAUUAUGAUUGAUAUUUUUUAGUCGUGUGUGUUAUAGAAUCUCCAAAUAAACCGUAUCUUAGUUUCAGUCUUAGUUGAUUCCGAGAUGGCACCGGCUGGGGAUAAUGAGGAGCUCAGGGACGGCUACAAAUAUGAGGGCGUUACUUUAGAGAACUUUAAGAUGGAAGACGAACCGGCCAAAGCAAAGGAGCUGGAAGCAAACGGAGGGAAGGUGAAGACGAGGCAGCCCAAAUCUCCUCGAUAUUUCAAACUAAAAGUCAUACUUGCUGUGCUGUUGGCUGUCAUUUUAUUAAUCGUUGUAAUAAGUUUAGUUUUGGUCUUCGCUUAUGGUGAUCAAGUGAAGCCGAUAAUCACAGGUUGUCCUGGACCUCUAAGAGUGACCGUCCACUCGAUGAGUGAAUCCGUUAAUGUCAGCGCAACCUGGACCGAGCCCACGGCUGCAGAUAACUCGGGUACCGUCAGCGUUAAAUCGUCACAUCAUCCGGGAACUUUGUUUCCGAGGGGCACUACUACCAAGGUCACGUACACGGCCGAGGACCAGUCGGGCAAUAAGGCAACGUGUGCCUUUGAGGUAACCAUCGAAGACUGCAACGAGGAUGAAUGGAGGUGCAGUAAUGGGGCCUGCAUACCAAAUGAACUGGUUUGUGACGGAGUUCCAGCGUGUGCCGAUUUCAGUGACGAAACCUUAUGCAAAAAUUGCACAGAAGCAGAUUACCUAUCUCCAUGUGAUGAUGACACAAAGUGUAUACCGUCUGUUUACCUCUGCGAUGGAAUAGAACAUUGUGAUGACUUUGAAGACGAAAAGUAUUGCAGUGGAGAAUGUGAAGACAACGGCUUCCUCAGCUGUAAAUAUGGAGGACAGUGCUACAGACGUUCAGACGCAUGCAAUAACGUCAUCGACUGCCCAAGAUUCAAAGACGAAAACAAUUGCUAUGAAUGUGCAAGCGUUGAAAUGAGCCAGUGUAGUGCAGUCCUCCCAUAUAGCGACACAUUCUACCCGAGCGUAUUAGACACAGAAGAAGAAGCAAUCGAUUACUACAUGGACUUUAAGGACAUCAUGUACUGCCAUGCCGAUCUGCAGUACUUCCUUUGUGCUUAUUUAUUCCCCGAGUGUGGGAAAGACAGAACACCUCGCUAUGUGUGCAGAGACUUCUGUCAUGAAGUCCAGGCUUCAUGCGGUGGGCUCUACAAAGACCAGCAUAGCAAGACGUUGGACCUUCAUUGUGAACGCUAUCCCGAAGCUACAAGUAAUGAAAGCGGUGCCAAAUUGUGUAGGACGUCAUUUACAGGUUGUGAGAUAGACGGACCGACCACGAUUGAUCUGACAGACGGCGAACCGUUCAUGCUCUACUCUCCUAACUACCCCAACAAAUACCCCAAUGCCUUCUCCUGCGUCUGGCUGUUCAAAGCUUCAGAGGGCAUGUAUGCCCGCUUCGAGACCAUCGACCUCUCAAUCGCCCACGACAGACUACUCUUCGGCACCGGGGAGGAGGCCGAUAUCUCCAUGACGGAGUACUACUACAACGAGGAGGUGCUAUUUGGGAAAUGGCUGUCAAACCUGACCAUCCCUUCGGAUCGCACGUGGGUGGAGCUGCAGAUAGAAGGGGGUGAGGUCAGCAGGGGAUUUAAAAUAGAGGUGGUUCAAGUCGUGGCUGAAAACGUCACGUGUAGAGAUGACCAGUUCCACUGUGAAGUAACUGGUUGUAUAGAUUUAUCCCGUUUAUGUGAUGGGUAUGGAGAUUGCUAUGACACGUCAGAUGAACUGCAAUGUGGUGAUGUGUGUCCAUACUACGACAUGGUGAGAUGCGGAGAUGGUUCCUGCAUUCACAGGACUAGCAUAUGCGACGAUUGGGAUGACUGCAACGAUGAUGAAGUUAACUGCACUUUUGAGUGUGACGAAGGGAGUGUUUUCCUGAAUGAAGUAUUGCUAUGUGACAGCUAUAACGAUUGUGGCGACAACUCCGAUGAACUUCAAAACUGUACUUGCGUGGAAGGGCGGCAGUUCGAUUGCGGUGAACGGUGUAUUCCUAUGAACUAUCGAUGCGAUGGUAUGAACGACUGCGUGGAUGGAAGUGACGAAAAGAACUGCACAUGUAGCAAUUGGAAAACCCCUUGUGACGAUGGAGUGUGUCUUCCUUUCUGGCUGUUUUGUGAUAAAACGGAAGAUUGCAGCGACGGAAGUGACGAAAAAGACUGUCCACCUUGCCCUGGUAACUUCCAUCAGUGUGAUGACUUGGAAUGCGUCUCUGGAGAUGGUAUGUGCGACGGAUACUACGACUGCUCAGAUAGAAGCGACGAGAAAGACUGCGAUGACGUGGUCUUUGAGUGUCUAAUAGGCUCGUUUACAUGCCUGUCAGGAAAGGUGUGUGUACCAGAAAGUGGAAUAUGUGAUGGGGUUGAUAACUGCCCAGAUGGUGAGGACGAGGUUGACUGUGAUGGAGGGUUGGCAACGCAGGGUAAAGCCUGCGGUGAACGCUACAUCAAUCUGACAUCGGAGAUGAUGAAUUACACUUUAUCCUACCCUACGAUGUUUGGUCUUCAGUCCAAGUGCACAUGGCUAAUCACAAGCCCUCCAAACACCAAGAUCAUCGUCACGCAGAUCCAGGCUAUCACUUGCUGCGGGACAUUUACGGUCGGUGACGGGCACGACCCAAAAGACACAUCGAAAAAAAUCGAGAUUCGAAGUUUACCGAGGUCCAGGGGGCUUGUGUCAGAGGAAAACACUAUGUACAUAGACUUCGUCACCGAGCUAUCCUUUUUGAAGUUCGAGCUGUUGUUCACGGCAGUGGAGAACGUUUGUGAAGAGGGUGAGAAACGGUGUCUAUCUAAAUACGACGAGUGUAUCACGUCUGCAAAGUGGUGUAACUUCGAAGAUGACUGCGACUCCGGUAGAGAUGAGCAGGAGUGCUUGCAAUUGGAGACAGACGGAAGCCAGUCCACUAAAAGGGUUGGAGCCGGACACGUUAAAAUCACAAUAGAAGGAGACGAAAAAUACUUAUGUUACGAUAACACAACUUGGCGGGAGUUGUUGGGUGACGUCAUCUGUAACGAGUACGGCUUUGGGUUUAUGAAUGAAUCAACCUUUGUUGACGUCACAACCCUUAGACCAAUCACAAGUGGAUAUUACGUCCUACCGGAAAAGGAAUUACAAGCAUUGCUUAGUUUAGGACCCAGACCCCUCCUCUACGAAGUAGUUACACAUAGCGAAAGUUGCCCUUCUGGAAAGGCUAUCCACUUAACGUGCAAUAAAGCAGAGUGUGGAAGGCAGGGACAUAUGCCGAGGGUUGUGAACGGACGGAACGCCCUCCCUGGCGAGGUCCCCUGGGUGGUGUCUAUCAGUCAUCCGCUAGGCGACCCAACCGAUCAUUACUGUGGUGGCGCCCUCAUCGCUAAUAAAUGGGUUAUCACGGCUGGACAUUGUGUAAAAGGAUUCACUCAACCCAAGGUGUUACUUGGCACCACAAAUCUCACAGCAGAUCAUGGGUUUGUGCAAGUUCGUCAGGUCAAGAGAGCCAUCGAGUUCCCAACCUACUCCAACUAUAAUCUGAAUGAUAUAGCCCUGUUAGAGCUGGAGGUACCAGUCUCUAUAACCGACCGUGUUAGUCCCGUGUGUCUGCCACCGAGGAACGACUCGCUCCUGACCGAGACGGGUUCGUCAGCCACUAUGUCAGGCUGGGGAGGAACUAUUCCAUUUAGCGGUACACCUACGCUUCUACAGACUGCCCGGGCUACUAUCGUCGACACGGAAAAUUGCAAGCGUUUUGACGAUCACACGUACGUCAAUGAGAAUGUCAUUUGCUGCAUGAACAAACAUGGAGAGCAGAACUCUUGUAAGGGGGACAGUGGUGGUCCUUUGUAUACCUCUCUAGAUGGUAUAUGGUAUCAGGUAGGAUUGGUGAGCCGUGGUGGAGUGCCCAGCUGCUCAGCACCCAGACAGGUUGUCAUUUAUACAAGGCUUUCAAAGUUCCUGGACUACAUCGAAGCCUUUUUGGGUGUUUGAUCCUGAAAUAGAACAACACGCUAACCAUAGUUCUUCUAUUACAUCCGCCAUCUUGUAUAAGAAACUGAUGGAUCAACAUUGAGGAAAGUUUGACUUUCAAGAUAUCAUUGAUUCGUGAUGCAACGGAUUGAGUGGAAAAGUUACAUUCUGUGACAUGAUGGCACAGAUGGUUCAACUAUGUUUAGGUCACAUAUUCUAACUGAAGUAAUUGGAUAUUGUUUUAGUUCUAUGUUUUUUUUGUAACUUUUUCUGAGUGUAACAUUCUAUCAAUAAUUUACCACAAUUUGAUUACUGAUGUUUGGAACACAUUGUGACUAUGGAUUGACACGGGUAGGUUCAUUAAUUUCAAGUUUCAUUUCGGCCUGUCAAUAGACUUUAAUAUGAAUAAGUUGUUAAAUUUCUGUCGCGGUGAUAGCGUGACGACUCUCUCUCUUGAAUUCCCGCGACAUUGGCGGUAUUCUCGCCACUAGAAAGCUGGCCCGCCAGACUACUGCUCUCACGACUACGGUCACAUUAAUAGUCGGCAGGCAGCAGCUUCGCGCGAGAGCGGUGAUCUCGCGAGAGCAGUAUUCGGUUGCGGGAACCUGAAUCCUCACGCCACCACCCCGGUUCGAACGACGUGUCCACAAUUCUAGCCUGUCUAUGAAACGACAGCUUGUGUUGUCUACUCUUUAAAAUUAAAAAACAUUCUUGAGGGCCUUGGUUGGCUGAGAUAUAUAAUGACGUAUAUUCAUUUUAAACCAAUCAGAUGGAUCAUGUCAUGUAAGUAGAUUAACUGAGACACAUUUGUACUCCACUUAAUUAAGACAAAAUAACGGUCAAAAGAUAUCGAGAUGUUCAACUUUGCUUUGCUUUCACGAUGAUGAUCUUUGAAGUAUUUACAACUGUUCCGUUAUUUAUAAACCGAUUAAACCGAGAUAGGAUGUCGGUAAAAGCAAUUUUGAUAUCAAAAUAUAUAGGCUCUUCGUUUCGUCUCCGUUUCUUGCUUCGUGAUAUUAAUUAAAAUUAUUUAUGAAUGAUGAUGAUAAUGAUGAUGAAUUUGAUGCUGAUAAUAAUAAUAAGUAUGAAUGUAAUAAUAUUGUAUCUAAUGUACAUGGCAUUUUAAAGAUUUAAAAUGUACUUUUUUGUUUACCUUGCUUUUAAAUGAUGACUUGAUUGUAAGUUAUCUAAAAUUAUUAAAGUAAUUACAUUUUUCAUUUUACUAUAGUGUGAAGUGACUGGCACACUGGUAUCCGUAAGAUAAACUUAUUAUACUUUUGAGACGUCUUGAGAGUUUUUUUUUUUUAAACAGUUCUCCUCUAAAUCCGUUUUCGUCUUAAGUAAACAAUGGUCCGGAAUUGGUCCCUAACGUAGUACUAUUGUCGUGACGCUACUAUAAGUUAAUGUAAUUAUUAUAAUCACUUUUUUGUACUUAAUUUGUAUCAAAUACUAUUACAGCAGAAUUAGGCCUGUGUUUAUAGAAACCUAUCAAAUUUGUAAUUUGUACUCUAUUGUAUAUUCACCUACUAUCUUAAUUGUAGAAUCCCCGACUUCCUUAUUUUAACACAACUGUUUGUGUUACUUAUAGUAAGUUUUCAGUUCAGUGGUAUCAUUUUUGUUCAGACUAUACUUAUACAUGUACAUGUUACAUUUACGGAGUAAGAUUUAAAUGGGCAUUUUUUGUAGGUUGGUACAAAUAUUGUUAAUGAUGUGCUCCAGUGUGGUUACCGGUUCUGCAUAUCUGCUAGUGAGUUGUUGAAAGUCGCCUUGAUUAUGUAUAAUAUGACUUAUAUGAACACUUAUGUUUAUUUCGGUCUAUUAUGAUGUAGGAAAACUGUCCUCAAAAAGACAGGUCAAAUAUAUAAUUUGCAUUGUUUAGAUUUAUUCAUCUUAAAGCUGAAGUAGCAACCUUCUUAAUUAAUUUGUCCUUUUUGAAACUUCGGCCAAUUGCCGAAGUCCAAACCCGUGUUUUCGAAAAGGCCUAUAUGUACAAGUUACUCUUCUUCCACUUGGGUUUCACGUUCAAUUCAUAAUCGCGCACUCGGGGCAAGGUCAAGUUAUGAAGACCAGGUCAAGGAGCUGGUUGGAUGCCUGCAAUACAGAGUGGCGAUUUUCUUUUUUAUAUUUCUAUAAUCGAAUGAAGCGUUAGUUACGAUCGUACUUUUUGAUACACAAUAUAUUUAUUCAUUUGUUUGCACCUGCUAAAAGGUAUGAUACAUGGAGCAAGUUCGGGUGAGCCACUAGACUUGAUCAGAAACUGUGACGUAGCUCUUGAAUGUACCAUAGUCGACUAUGCUCAAGUGCAUUGUCGACACUUGUCAAUCUCGACUCUUGUCGACUCUUGUCAAUCUAUGGGUGCGUUCGUUUAGCUUCCCUGGUCGACCCCGCAGUGCUCACUCGGGUGAGCCCCUGACAAGAGCUCA